GCCGAACAAAUAUAAAAUGUAGGCACCGAUACGCCAUCAUCCCCUUCAGCCGGAUCAGGACAGCGCCACCUCCUUGAGCAUCCCCUGGACCUGCGGCUGGGCAACCCGGCUGCUGCUGACGGCGUUGCUCACCGCCGAGCACCGCUGGAGGAUGUCCUUGAAGUCGGCGUACUUGCCUGCGUGCGACACCGACCAGACCGGCAAAACGGACAGGAAAGGAGUUGGUCUGAUGGAUUGGGCGCAGCGUGUGUGCAGUGAGUGGCCUGGACAUACCUAUAUUGAGCCUAGGCAUCUGGAUGGCGAAGACCCUAUGCAUGUCGGCCGCCUCCUCUUGGCUCAUGGGCACGUUGUCGGUCCAGGUUGACCUGAAGAGGCCGUUGGGGCUGUCCACGUCGGUGAAGGCAGCGAGGACGGGCAGGAAGGGGCGCAUGCCCAGGUCCUCGCACUUGGCCUGCACCGCCCGUAUCACCCUCUCCUCCCGGCACAGCGCCAUCCACCUUUGCUCCUCCUGCGCCGACACGGCCGUCUGCUCCUCCAGCUCCACCGUCUUCCAGAUGCGGCUUGGGGCGUCUAUGAUGCUGAGGAUGCUGCCGUUGUUGCCGCCCUCGUGCUCGAUAAUGAACCCGGAUGGCGGGCUGGGCAGGCUAGCGCCGACCAGGGGCAAUCCAAUUGAAUCCGUCCUCCUCGUUCACCCGCACCUCCUUCAGCACCUGUAGCAUUCUCACUCAACACAACAAGGGAGGCCGGGGGACAGCCGCGCUGCUCUCCUUGCGGACGGGUGGGGCUUGACAGCGGUUGACAAGAGGGCUGCUGGGUGGUCGCAAACAGCCUUACGAGGGCCAAUUACAGCCGAAUAAGAGGUCCGUCAUGGCUUCGUUGGCGCGGUCUAGAAUGCAGAAGACAUCUGUGCGGGGGAGUGUGACGAGAAUACACACCAACGGCUCCUGGCAGAUGGGCAUAUGUAGGCACGGUGCUGAUAGGGGACGGUGUGCCUCUCGUACCUUGAUCGAUGCCGCGGCCGACGCGAACGAACUCUCCAUGGGGGACGCGAAGUUGUCGGCGAAUUGCGACUUGGGCGUGAGUCUGACGGGGAAGCCUCGGCCGAGCCCAAACGGUGGGAUCGGCGGACUGACACAUACACACACACACACACACGCACGCUCACACACAAAUGACCACCUGCACGCGAAUGCGCACAUACACACCCUGCCGCCCCACUCUGCUUACGAAUGGACAUUGAUGCCCGCCGGCUGCCCACGACCUCGGUCAGGUUGCCCAGCACUUUGCGGAGAUUGCCCUGCCAU